GUAGCGUGACCUCUACUGCAGUUGAAAACACUCCGGAGCCGAGGGUGAAUCCAUUGGCCGCAGGGAUGCUGCGAGUGGUUUCUGCUUGACACAUUACUCUCAUAUAACAGCAACACAAAUCAGGCAUAUGUUCUCGGAGCCGCUUGAUUUCCGACUCGGGGAGAAUAGUGUGACAGUCGGCGUUGAGCCUGUUCCUGCACAGCAACAUCGACAUGGGUGUGAUCAGUGUGCAACUGGUGGUUACCAUGGUAAUGGCCUGCGUGAUUCAGAAAAUUAUACCUCACUACUCCUUCGCAAGAUGGCUGCUUUGCAGUGGCAGUCUGCGUUGGUACCAGCAUCCAACAGAAGAUGAGUUGAGGAGUCUUGCUGGAAAGCACCAGAAAGGAGGGAAGAACAAAAAGGACAGGAAAUACAACGGCCACAUAGACAACAAGCCAUUGACGGUUCCCAAAGACAUCGACCUCCAGCUGGAGACGAAAUGUAUUGCCGAAGUGGACACACUGGCUUUGCACUACUUCCCGGAGUUUCAGUGGCUGGUGGACUUCACAGUGGCAGCGACAGCAGUGUACCUCAUCACUGAGCUGUACUUCUGUGUGGCUGAGCCUAAUGGAGAGAUGAACAUCAGUGUGGUGUGGAGUUUGUUAGUGCUGGCCUUUGUCAUUAAGAUCCUCUUCUCCCUCACGGCUCACUACUUUAAGCUGGAGGAAGGCGGCGAGCGAUCCCUCUGCAUCACCUUUGGCUUCUUCUUCUUUGUCAAAGCAAUGGCCAUCCUCAUCGUCACUGAGAACUACCUGGAAUUUGGACUUGAGACAGGUUUUGCUAAUUUUUCUGAAAGUGCUGUUCAGUUUCUGGAGACUCAAGGCCUGCAGUCCCAGGGCCCCAUAUCCAAACUAACCUUUAAGCUGAUUCUGGCUCUUCUCUGCUCUCUGAUUGGAGCGUUCCUCACCUUCCCCGGGCUGCGAUUGGCCCAGAUGCAUCUCGAUGCCCUCACCCUAAACAUCAGCAAAGUCACACAGACGUUGCUGCAUAUCAACUUCUUGGCCCCUCUUAUAAUGGUACUCUUGUGGGUGAAGCCCAUAACCAAGGAUUAUAUAAUGAAUCCUACACUGGGGAAAGAAAGUGUGCCUUUGAUGUCAGAGAAGACGUACGACACGCUGCGCCUGUGGGCCAUUCUGCUGCUGUGUGCGCUGAGGCUGGCCAUGAUGCGCCACCACCUACAGGCCUACCUCAACCUGGCUCAGAAGGGUGUCGAGCAGAUGAAGAAAGAGGCAGGGCGCAUCAGCACAGUCGAGCUGCAGAAAAUGGUCGCUCGUGUCUUUUACUAUCUAUGUGUGAUCGCUCUGCAGUAUGUGGCGCCGCUGGUGAUGCUGCUGCAUACAACUUUGCUGCUAAAGACAUUAGGUGGACAUUCUUGGGGCAUUUACGCUGAGGAGAAUGAGGACUCUCACACGGACACAGCAGGACAAGCAGAUGCUCAGGCACCACAAACAGUGGCACAGCUCUCCGUGGCUUUGGGAGGACUAAGGACUGUUUUCACGCCUUUGCUUUUCCGAGGCCUCCUCUCCUUCCUCACCUGGUGGAUUGCUGCCUGUUUGUUCUCCACGUCUCUCUUUGGCCUCUUUUACCACCAGUACCUGAUGGCUGCAUAGCGACAGGCUAACUGGGGGCCAGUGCUAGCAGAGAGGACUGUACAGCCAAAGGCCCAGAAACUCCGUCCCUUUCUUUUCACAACCAUAUCUCUCUUACGGGCUUCCUUUAUGGACUUUCAUGUCCUUUUUUUAAAAAAAGAAAAACGUCUUUUCAGCACCACGUUCAGUCAACCACAGCAGACAAUACCAGUAAUAGUAAUAAUGAUUAAUGAUUUGAGAUAUAUGUGGGGAUGAGUGAACAGAGGAUCGUCUCCUGGACAGGGGGUGUGUAUGCUGAUUUAACAGUGCAGGACACCCAUGAAUAUGCAGAUGGAUACAUUUUUAUGGGCCUUUUUUGUGUGUUUGUUUGUUCGUUUUUAAACACACUGACAAUUUGAAGUUGUGCAUUGCUUAUUUGAGAUACUGUAUUUUUAGAGUUCUAAAUGGAUGAUAGCUGAUAUGCAAAAAAAAAAAGCGGGGUUUUUAAAUGUGAUUUUAAGUCAUUUUUCACUUUUGCCUCUGAAACCUGGCUCUGCUGUAGGGGAGGUGGACACCCCCAGUGUUAUAUAACUCUAAUAACUAACACGUGUUGUAUUACAGCAAAGCAUAGCACUGGGGCUGUGGAUAGCACCUGG